CCUACGAACCAUGCAGCUCCUAAAUUGCAUUGAUAUUUCGGAUAAAGGGUUUAGUGAAGGUGUGAGGAAAUUUUCACAGUUAGAGAAGUUGGACAUCUCAUAUUGUAACCUAUCUAAGGAUUCUCUUGAAGUCGUUGGCCGAUCUUGUCCUCUUCUAAAAUCUCUAAUAUUUAAGAGAUUUGGGCCUCUAUGUCCGCCUGCUGAUGAUAAUGAGGCUCUUGUUAUUUCUGAAACAAUGACUGCAUUAUGUCAUCUUAAUAUUAAAGGAAACAAGCUCACUACUAUUGGGCUUUUUUCCAUUCUUGACAAGUGUCCUCUUCUUGAGUAUCUUGACGUUCAAGAUUGUUACAAUCUGAAUUUGACUCAGGAUUUGAAGAAAAGAUGCCUUGAGCAGAUUAAGGUUAUACUAUUGCCAUUUCCGAUUAACCAUCAAGAAUUGGAUGAAUAUUAUGAUGAUUUUUUUUAUUAUUAUUCUGACGAGUUUGAUAAUGGUUAUUAUGAUGAUAUAGUUGAAGGUUAUUAGAUUGAGUCUAUUAUCAUAGAAUUGUUGCACCCUUCAUCAUCC